CAACUUUUCUAUUUUCUUUACUUUCCCUUGUUCUUCAACAAAUCUGACCUCUUGGUUUCCUAUAAAAACCGUUGUACAUGAUGCCCAUCCUGACCAUCAUCAAUCGUGUCUCCAAAGUUCGCUCUAGUGUUUUAAGUUCUUUCAUGCUCUAAUCAGCUAAUAAGGUACACAUAUCAAGACUAAAGAUGAAAGAAAUGGAUCAUCCUAUUGACAUUCAUCCAUCAUCAAAGAAGUCAUUGUCUGAGUCUGAGCAAUGGUUGAAAGAGGAGUUUUGGAAGAAGAAACAAGAAGAAAUUAAGGAAAUUAAGGACUUCCAUGAGUAUGCAUUUCCCAUGAGCCGUCUCAAGAAGGUCGUUUGUGCUAAGAAGGGUAAAAUGAUGAUGAGCUUCGACACCCCAUCCUUUCUAACAAAGGCAUGUGAGAUCUUUGUGCAAGAACUUUCAUUCCGUGCUUGGAUGUGUGCAAAUUCCCAUCAACGUAAAAUCAUAUUGGACUCCGAUAUUGCUGAGGUCAUUGCCUCCCUUAAGUCAUAUGAUUUUUUGAACGAUGUUUUACACAUUGAUCAGGAUGAGCAUAGCUCUACUCCUUUGAAGUCUGCAAAGGUGUGUCAUCAUAGCUUGAUAAAUAAAUCAUCGACAUCCCACCUAAUUUCUUCCGGUCAGUACAAGAAGCUGGAAUCUAUUGCACAAUCUACCAGAUAUUCUCCCCAUAUUCGUAUUUCAUCUCCUUUGCCACUAAUAGAUGAUUGUCCCAUGACUUUACCCUUGCCAUGUCUGCUGCAAGAAGCAAGCCCCUUGAUGCCAACUACAAUCAGUCCCCCACUGACUAUGAGUGAAACAAAUGCACAUAUGACGUACAUGGGUGGGGGUACCGGGUUCAUUCAGAAUGGUAUUAGCAAAAACACUACUACUUUAGUACCUCCAAGAGCACAACGAAAUAUCACAAAUACUUGUUACAUGAGCACAAUUCCUUCUUCCUAUUGUGUUGGUUAUGCUGGCACUAGUAAUGUUGAUGCUCAAAAUGGAGCUGCAGCAUACUAUCAUAUUCUUCCAUCCUCUUUGCUAUUCUCACCUCCUUCACAGAGAGCUAAUAAUAGUGGCCCCAUUGCUAUUGGUAUUGAAUCAAAUCAUAUCAAACCGAAGGUUGCACAUAUCAGAAGUAACAUAGAUGCUCAUAGCACAACCAAUGCCAUUAGUGGCAUCAAUCUUGAAGCUACAAUCAAUGCCAAUGAUGUUCAACAUCAACAUGGAAGUUUAGAAGUUGUUUCUACUACUAAAUUAAGUGAGGAUAACAAGAAUAUCAAUUGGGAUGAAGUUGACAUGGCCGAUGAUUCCUUGUUGAUCGAGUUUUGGGAGGAUGUCAUGAUGAACAAAGACAUUACAAUUCAAGAGAUUCCUUCUCAUAUGCCAGAACUCCAGGGAUCUCAUCAUGGACCAUAACUUCUUGAUGACAUCAUAUUUAGUGCAUCCAGAAGGAGUAGCUAGAUGGAUCAAAGGUGGGAGAAAGGAGAAGAAUACAUAUCUAGUGAUGACCAGCAUGUUUUGCGCGUCGUAUGGUUUUGUACCAUGCUUUCUUUCCAUAUAUGCCUGUUCUUAUUUGAUACAUGCACUUUCUCUAAUAAGCAAUCAA